CAUUCCCCUCCUGACCACAAGAGGCAGUAGGUCGAAUCUCCAUUGACGUGUCGUUGGUCGGAAAUCUCGUUGAUUGUUCGAGAUCUCGCACGUACGGCGGGACGGUUGUGCUGUUUUGUGCGGCUUCAUUUUUUGGUUUUCUGCUCGAUUUUCAGACCAUGGGAGACAGCGAUGAUGAAUUUGACAGGAGGAGGCGAGACAAGUUCAGAAGAGAGAGGAGUGACAUGGAGCGGUCCAGAGAAAGAGAAGAGCGCAGACGUGAUGAUUGGCCUGACAGGGAGUGGGAAAGGGGCAGAGAGAGGAGGCGGGACUAUGAUCGUGGCCGCAGAGAGAGAUUUUCUCCUCCAAGACACAUGAGCCCUCAGCACAAACGCAUGAGGCGGGACUGGGACGACCACCGAGGGGAGCCAUAUCGGUAUGAUUUGCCCUAUGGUGGCGGUGGGGCUCCAUUUCCAGGUGUUGGCCCCCAGGGAUGGCAUCCAGACCUCCCACAUAUGCACCCUCAUCACGUUGGCCACCCCCUGCAGGGACGGUUAGGGAUGGUGGAUCCAGACCUCCCUCCCUCAGGUCCACCCACCAUGAGGAGUUUCAAAGAGUUCCUAUUAAGCAUGGAGGACAGUGUAGAUGAGACAGAAGCAGUCAAGCGCUAUAAUCAGUAUAAACUGGACUUUAGGCGCCAGCAGUUGCAGGACUUCUUCCUUCAACACAAAGAACAAGAGUGGUUCCGGUCAAAGUACCACCCUGAUGACAUCACUGCCAAUAAGGAAAAGUCACUGGCUGCCCUCAAGACACGAUUGAGCGUGUUCCUCUUUCUCCUGGAUAACAACUGGCUGGAUAAUGUGUCACUGGACAUGGAUCACUCUCCUGCCAUUAUCAAACUGUUGGAUGCAGCUGUUAUAAAGAUGGAGGGAGGCACAGACUUGGAUCUGCAGGUUUUGGAGGCUCGGCCUUCAGUCUCCGGAGAGGCAGGUGACAAAGCGGCCUCUGACAACAGUCAAGCAGAUUCUGGUGAAGGAAACACAAGUGGUCAGACAAGUGCACAGAGUUCAGGGAGUCAAGCUGACCAGAAUCCGAGUCGAGAAGAGCCAGUUCAGCCAGACCAAGACUCAAAGAAGACCUCUGACGAAUCCAAGCAGAAUGGCAAGAACAAAAAAGAUGACGACGAUGAAGAUGACAACGAUGAAGAGAAAAAUGAUGAUGAAGAGGAAGAACGGGCUGAAAAAAGUCGGAAAAGGAAGCGCAGCCUUUCAGCUGACAGUGGCGAGGGUAGCGCCUCGGAUUCAGACUCCUCCCGUUCUGAAGGUGACAAGGAUGACGAUGAAGAGAAGGAGGAAGAGGAGGAGGACAGGGAUAAUGAACGUCGCAAAGACAGAGGGAAGAAACGAGAGAAGCAGCAGCCUGCAAAGCCUCGGCCCCUUCACCUCACCACUUCUCUGUUCAUCAGGAGCAUCCCACCAGAGGUGUCCAAGGAUGAAAUCACCGCAUUGUGUCGCAGGUACCCUGGAUUCCUGCGGGUGGCGCUGUCUGACCCUCAGCCAGAGAGAAGAUUUUUCAGAAGAUGCUGGGUAACGUUUGACCGCAGUGUGAACAUCAAGGAGACUUGCUGGAACCUGCAAAACAUCCGGCUUAGAGACUGUGAACUGGCUCCAGUGGUCAACAGAGAUUUGUGUCGACGCGUUCGCAGUGUCAACGGACUGACUCAUCACAAACCCGUCGUGCGGAAUGACAUCCGGCUGUCUGCCCGCCUCGUUCACAGUCUGGACCAGAAGGGAGAACUGUGGCUUGGCCAGAUGGACACCAACCCUGUCCUGAAGAACAUCACAGAUUACCUGAUUGAAGAAGUAAGCGCUGAGGAGGAGGAGCUAAUGGGGGCAUCUGGAGGCAACGCUGUGGACAUAGGGGAUGCUAAAGACUCCGCCUCCUCAGAGGUUACAGUGGAAACGGAUGAGAACCUCCUGAAGGUCCUGGAUAGACUCUUGCUCUACCUGCGUCUGGUGCACUCCGUUGACUAUUAUAAUUUUUGUGAGUAUCCUGCUGAGGAUGAGAUGCCUCAUCGCUGUGGCUUGCUUCAUGUACGAGGGCCUCUGCCUGUGGGAAAGAUCACUGCCACUGAAGUGAGCGAACACCAGAGGAUGUGUGAGGAACGCUUGGCACCGCUGAUGUGUCCUGCAGAAACGCUGAAUGAGGAAGAAGCCAGCAGACUUGGCAAGAAAGAGCCGGACCAAGAAGUGGAGAAGUUUCUGGCAGCCAACACUCAGGAGCUCAGCAAAGACAAGUGGCUGUGCCCCUUAAGUGGGAAGAAAUUCAAGGCACCAGAAUUUGUACGCAAACACAUUCUGAACAAACAUGGCGAGAAGGUGUCUGCUGUCAAACAGGAAGUGGAGUUCUUUAAUAAUUUCUUACUGGAUGCCAAGAGACCCUCCCUGCCCGAGAACAAGCCCCCACCCCCACCUGCACCAGCUCCCCCGGCGUCCUCUGCUGUUCCAGGAUUUCCUGGUCAAUCUCCACAACAGCAAAGCCUUCUGGGAUAUCCACCUGGCGUCAGGCCACCCAUGCCUGGCUAUCCUGGCGGUGGACCACACUUCCCUCCCAACCAGUUUGGUGCUGGUCGGGGAAACUACGACAAUUUCAGGGGUCCUCAUGAAGGAGGUUUUCACGGGAAGCAGCGCAACAGCAGGGGCAUGAGAGGCGACCCUCGCUCCAUCAUCGAGUACAGAGACCUGGACGCACCGGACGACCUUGACUUCUUUUAAACUUAGUAAAAAAAAAACACAUUUUAAAAACCUAUUUUAACUCCUCUGCUGUCAUGAUGUGUUUCAUCUCUCUGUGAUUAGUUUCUACUUUUUGACAGGAAAGAACACCCUUGUCUGCUUGUGUGCGAGCGUGUGCAGGUAUCUGUGUGUUUGUGUCUCAGCAGGAAGGACCAAUGUAUCAGUUAUUAGCAAGAAUCUGAUUUUUCACUUUCCAAUAAAGACCAAGAACA